UACGUAUAUAGUAGUCUACACCGAAUGCGCAGGAUGCGCAGGCUAUGCGUGUGUCGGAGGAGCUUGAGGUAGUACUCUCCGCAUCCUUUGACGAUUAAUCUGCAUCAUCCCCUCAGCCUCUUCAUUCUCUCGUCGCACCUCAAAACAGCAGACCAGUCGCAUCAUGCGAAAUCCGUGUAUCGGCCUUUUCCCACAAUACGCUGGUCAACAGCUAGCGCAUGAUUAUCAUGACUGGGGCCGAUGUGUUCCAGGUGGUGGCUUCAGCGGUCAGCAUCGUCGACUGCAGCGUUAGACUGGCCAAAUUCAUUAAAAAUAUUAGCGACGAUGCCCGGGAUAUCCACGACUGGCUGGCACAAAUGAAGUAUAGCAUGGACACACUUCAAAAUGUUUUGGAAUUCGUCCAAAAGGUUGUCAACGGUCCGAAUAUGAACCAUGUUGACGAUGGCCCCGUCGAAUGGAUUUGCACAAUUGUACGGAGUUCACAGGACCUAGCAGCAAAGAUCCUCGACAAGUUGCCGUCAGAACCGGAUGACGGCAUAUUCUCAAAGAUGGAGUCAGUAUUAAGAAAGCUCAUGAAUGACCGCGUUAUCAAGGACUAUGAACAUGCUAUCCAAAAACAGACAAGCACGUUGCAAACAGUAAUCAUGACACUCUCAUUGGAGCGCACAUCCUAUUUAGCUACAAUGUACCAGGGCGAAAUUCCCGCACCACCGUACCAUAACGGCGAUGACGAGUUAGAGAAAAUCAGGCUCAAGCUUAACGCCAGGCUCAGCGACAGCUUACCUCCCACACGAGACACAUCACUAUAUGAACCCAGCGAGACAGCGAGCGUCACAACCGAAGCCAAGGUCCGCUUAUCCAUACUAUAUAAGGCAAGACAGCAGGAACUUCAGGAAUACCAGAACAGAGUCGCAGAACUCGAGUCGCAGAGGAGAUAUUUAGAAGCUGCUACAGAACAAGGAAACAUUAUCAAGCUCCGUCGAAGAAUAAAGAAAAAUAUGCCAUUAAGUGCUCAAGAUGAAGCCUUGCUUGUCGAGAAACAAGCAGAUCUCUUGCUCCAGUGCCCUACCGUUGGACGCCACGAUGAAGCGACCGAAUUGCUCGAGAACCUCAUUGAGGAGAAAGAUUACAUGCUGACAGAUGAGGCGAACGGGCGAAUAAAGUUGAAAAUCGGCGAACUGUAUCUGGCACAGGGCAGACUUGGACAUAUCGAGAAGUUCAAACUCGCCAAGAAUACCUUAAACGAUGCGGCGACUUUGCUCGAGACUCUCGGCCCAUUUCCUCACGGACUUUACCUGCGGUCUGUGGAGCGCUUAGUGAGGGCAUUGGAAAUGCUUCGAAAGCCGAAUGACGUCCGCGGGCUCAAAUCCUACGUGACGAGGCUCCUGGAAGAUGCGAAUGUUGAGCUAAAUUAUGAGAUAAAUUGGGAAUACGAGGAUGAGCCAGAGUCCCCAGCUCUGGCAUGGUGCAGAAUACAGACCAAUCCAUCUUUCGCCAUAGAUUCCCCGACUUUCAAGUUUGACAGCAUUGUUCAAGGAACCUCUGCGCUCCACCUAGCGAUUCGAGAGGGACAAUUUGAGGUCUUAAGAGACAUGCUAGUCGAGGUCGAGCAAGUCGACAUCCGAGAUAGCGACGAGUGUACGCCCUUGUUGAUAGCCGCCCAAGAGAGGUGCAGUGACAUCUUCCAAUCAUUGCUCGACCAUAGGGCUAGCCUCAAUAAAGUUGACAAAUUAGGACGAACCGUUCUACACAAAUGCCAAUCAAACAGCCGGGAUGGCCGCGACAUCGCCAUUGCUAGGCUCAUUUAUGACCGUGAGCCUAACUUAGUGAACACUACUGAUUUAACUGGCAAGACUGCUUUGUUAAUAGCCUGCGAAGAGAGCAAUGAGCAUAUGGUGGACUUCCUUCUUAGUCACGAAGCCGAUCCCGACAUCACAUCAACAAAGAACAAGACGCCUUUGCAAGUCGCUGUCGAAAUGAGAUCCUCUCGAGGUACCCGAGAGAGACACGCCAAUCGCCUUCGUAUUAUUGCCUUACUCCUCGAACACGGAGCUGACAGCAAUCCAACAGACAACCUGGGAAACACGCCACUUUACACUGCUGCAUCAAACGGAGACCUGGAGGUCGUUCAGCUUCUGCUAGAUCCCGCGUACAAGACGAAAGUAGAUCUAUUUGGACGCCAUGGACAGACCCCAUUAGCAGCCGCUGUACAACACAAGCACGAAGACGUCAUCAAAGAACUAGUAUCAGGCGGUGCAACCGUGACGUUAAAAAGUACCGGCGGGAAAAGCGCCGAAGACUGGGCAAGAGGUGACCACAAUAAAGCACUGAGAGAUGCCCUUCGGGUGGGAAACAGUCGGCGGAUGAGCCAACACUCUGUGAGAACAUUCGGACAGAAGACCGUGUCUUCUACAAGCUCGGACUCGACGAACAGACGAGAUUCUGGUUCAUCAAGGCCUCUUCGCGGAAUGUUCAGGUCUAGUGGUUAGAAAAACUAUCGAUAUUGGCUGAAUGGUCGGAUUCUGAUUCGAAUUUCCUACGCCAUGCCUCUACAAACUUAGAACAUACUAUCAAGGCAAUCAUUCGCCGCUCCCAUUAUCACAAACUGUGUGAUGAGGUUGAUCACUAAAACCCCCUUAUCAUUUAGGGUGAUUGCCAGGCUUCGGACUAGGCAUACUCCACUCGCUUCGAGGACUGUGACUUAACAGCACGGAAAGCUGUGCUCAUAUCAAGAGAUCUGCGGUGCAUAGGCUUUGAGGUUGGUCAAUUAUCUUGCAUUCUAUGGAAUAUAUGUUUACAUAGUGUUUCGUCAGGUUAUCCCCUUAAUACAAAAGGU